UGAGACGGAGCGAGGGAGCUGCGGGCGGAGCGGCCGGGAGGAGCCGCCGGGGGUAAUCCGCCGCCGCCGCUUCGCUCAGACAGGACAUUGAACACCGAGCCAGGGAGGCAUGCUGAAGCCAGGCUUUGGGCAGAAUGAGUUUAAAAGAUGCUGGCAGUGCAGCUUGCCAGGAGAAAGGAGUCUAUCAUCUUCUCAUUUACCCUCAGCUGUCUACAGAAAGCGCUGCCUGCUGCAGAGUCACAGCCACUAAAGAUACCACCACGUCAGAUGUCAUCAAGGAUGUGAUCGCUAAUCUGAAUUUGGAUGUCACCAAGUGUUAUGUGUUAGUGGAGGUGAAAGAAUCCGGAGGCGAGGAAUGGGUAUUAGAUGCGAACGAUCCACCUGUACAUAGAGUACUGUUGUGGCCCCGGCGGGCUCAAGAUGAGCACCCCCAAAGGGAUGGGUACUAUUUUCUUUUACAAGAGAGGGACAAAGAUGGGACCAUAAAAUAUGUUCACAUGCAGCUGUUCUCUAAGGCAAAGGAAGCACGGCGUUUGGUGGAGAGGGGCUUUCUUCCUUGGCAGCAGGAAGACUUUGAUGAUCUAUGUAAUCUUCCUAAUUUAACAGAGACAAAUCUUUUGACAAAUCUCAAGCACCGUUUUCUACAACGCAAGAUAUAUACUUACGCAGGUAGCAUUCUCGUCGCAAUUAACCCCUUUAAGUUUCUCCCCAUUUACAACCCCAAGUAUGUCAAGAUGUAUGAGAAUCAGCAGCUUGGAAAGCUGGAGCCACAUAUCUUUGCCAUUGCCGAUGUGGCCUACUUCACCAUGCUCAAAAAGCAUAUCAACCAGUGCAUAGUUAUUUCAGGCGAAAGUGGCUCUGGGAAAACGCAAAGUACAAACUUUUUAAUUCACUGUCUCACUGCACUGAGUCAGAAAGGGUACGCAAGUGGAGUGGAGAGAACAAUUCUGGGUGCCGGACCGGUAUUGGAGGCAUUCGGAAAUGCCAAAACAGCCCAUAACAACAAUUCGAGCCGCUUUGGAAAAUUCAUUCAGGUCAACUAUUUGGAGAGUGGCAUUGUCCGCGGGGCUGUUGUUGAAAAGUACCUGCUUGAAAAAUCUCGCCUGGUCUCUCAAGAGAAAGAUGAAAGGAAUUACCAUGUGUUUUAUUACUUGUUGCUUGGAGUUACUGAGGAAGAGCGCCAAGAAUUUCAACUCAAGCAACCUGAAGAUUACUUCUACCUCAACCAGCAUAACUUGAAGAUUGAAGAUGGAGAAGAUCUGAGACACGACUUUGAAAGGCUAAAACAAGCCAUGGAAAUGGUUGGUUUUCUUCCAGCAACAAAGAAACAGAUUUUUUCAGUUCUCUCAGCUAUUCUGUAUUUGGGCAAUGUCACUUACAAAAAGAGAGCUACUGGUCGGGAUGAAGGUUUGGAAGUAGGACCCCCAGAAGUGCUGGACACACUCUCACAACUUCUGAAGGUCAAGCGAGAGAUUUUAGUGGAAGUUCUGACCAAAAGAAAAACUGUGACUGCUAAUGACAAACUUAUUCUUCCAUAUAGUCUCAGUGAGGCAAAAACAGCCCGUGACUCAAUGGCAAAAUCAUUGUACAGUGCUUUGUUCGAUUGGAUCGUUCUACGUAUUAAUCAUGCUCUUCUUAAUAAAAAGGAUAUGGAAGAAUCUGUUACAUGCCUGUCUAUUGGAGUACUGGAUAUAUUUGGAUUUGAAGAUUUUGAAACCAAUAGUUUUGAGCAGUUCUGUAUAAAUUAUGCAAAUGAGCAACUUCAGUAUUACUUCAACCAACACAUCUUCAAACUAGAACAGGAAGAAUAUCAGAGUGAAGGGAUCACUUGGCACAAUAUUGAUUAUACGGAUAAUGUAGGUUGCAUUCAUUUAAUCAGCAAGAAGCCCACAGGCCUUUUCUAUCUGCUGGACGAAGAAAGCAACUUUCCCCAUGCCACCAGCCAGACUCUGCUGGCAAAGUUCAAACAACAACACGAGGAGAAUAAAUUCUUUGUUGGCACCCCAGUAAUGGAGCCUGCUUUUAUUAUUCAACAUUUUGCCGGGAAAGUUAAAUACCAGAUAAAGGAUUUCCGCGAGAAAAACAUGGAUUACAUGAGACCCGACAUUGUGGCUUUGCUGAGAAGUAGUGACAGUUACUACAUUCGGGAAUUAAUUGGGAUGGAUCCGGUGGCUGUGUUUCGCUGGGCUAUUCUGAGGGCAGCCAUUAGAGCAAUGGCAGUUUUCCGGGAGGCAGGACGUCUCAGAGCUGAGAGGACUGAGAAAACUGCAGGUGUGGUACCUCUUGGACUCAGAACUCCUGUGGGAGACCUACAGAGAGCAAACACUCCGACAGAAAAAUUUUAUCGCCGCUCAGUGCUUGAUUUCUCAUUUGAUUGCUCUGAGGAUUUCGAUAUUAACGCUUUUGAGGACAUCAUUGCUUUUUAUGAAAGCAAAAAGGACUUGCAUGAUCAAAUCAUCAAGGAUUUAAAAGGACUCCCCUGGCAGGGUGACGACGCUCAUAAGCUUCUUCAGUCACGCAAACGGCUUCAGCAACCUCGGGCCAACUUCCUGAAAAGUAGAGGUAUCAAACAAAAGCAGAUCAUUCCAAAGAAUUUGUUGGACUCCAAGUCUUUGAAGCUUAUUGUCAGUAUGACGCUCCAUGACCGCACAACCAAGUCCCUGUUACACUUGCACAAAAAGAAGAAGCCUCCCAGUAUCAGUGCUCAGUUUCAAGCAUCCCUCAACAAACUCCUGGAGACCUUGGGAAAAGCUGAGCCAUUCUUCAUCCGCUGUAUCCGUGCCAAUGCAGAGAAGAAAGAACUAUGUUUUGAUGAAGAACUGGUUCUGCAGCAGUUAAGAUACACCGGCAUGUUGGAAACCGUACGAAUCCGGAGGUCGGGUUACAGUGCCAAAUACACGUUUCAGGAUUUCCUGGAUCAGUUCCAAGUGUUAUUACCCAAGGAUGCCAGCCCUUCUAAGGAGACCAUCUCGGCUCUGCUGGAGAAAAUGGACAUUGACAAGAAAAACUACCAGAUAGGAAAAACAAAGGUGUUCAUGAAGGAGACCGAACGGCAAAAACUGCAAGAAACACUUCACAAAGAAGUGAUUCGGAAAAUCAUUCUUCUCCAGAGCUGGGUCCGGGUGGUUUUGGAAAGAAGGCACUUCCUCCAGGUGAAGCAGGCCGCCAUUACCAUUCAGGCCUGUUGGCGUUCUUACCAGUUUAGGAGAGCCCAGGAGAGAGUCAACGCUGCCGUUUAUUAUAUUCAGUCCUUUUGGAAAGGAUACAGACAGCGGAGAGCCUACCUGCAGCAGAGAAGGAGAAUUGUUUUUCUACAGAAUCUCUUCAGGGGGUUCCUGCAGCGAAAGAGCUUUCGCCAGAUGGUUUUGGAGAAGCGGAAGGCCGAGGAGAAGAAAAGGGAAAUGGAGCAAAUUCAGAACAGAGACGACACAGAAAUUGUUUCGGGCCAGGCUGAGACCGGGGAGCAGAUGUCUGAACAGAUGACUGUCAGAUCUGAAGUCAAGUUAGAUCCUGUUUCUGAACUUGAAAAUCAGCUGAGUGACAUUUCAAUUGCAGGAGGAGAUGCGAAACAAAAUGCAGAAACUGGAAAAGGCAGCCAGCGUAAUGAGAUGGCCCCUUCUUUCCAGAAACGUGUAGUUGAAAGUCACGAGAAAGUUGCAAGCAGCCGGGAAAAGCGUGAAACUCGGCGUCAGAGGGGGCUUGAACAUGUAAAAUUUCAGAACAAGCACAUACAGUCCCAUAAGGAAGAAAGCAGUAUUAGUGAGGCUCCAGCAAAGAGAGUUCAAGAACAGGAUGAAUGCAUCCAAGAGCAGGAUAUUUCACAAAAUAGAAUCCAGUCAGAGGUAAGCGUUUCACGUGAAAUAGUAGCCCUUGGUGAUUUAUCCAAAGAGAAACCUGAAGAACUAAAGGAGGAAGUGUCAGAUAACAAGGUUUUGGAUGCCGUGAAAGUGGAAGAGGACCAGGAGGAACAGCAGAAAGGAAGCGAAAACUUCAGCAAUCUCGAAAGACCAUCAAGCCUCCCCCUGAGCGGUGAAAUUAAUCUUCCCUGUGCCAAAGGUCCCCCUGAGCAUCACGAAGGUAAAAACAAACCAAGCGUUGGCCAGAAAGCCAACGAAGACCAGGAUGGUCGGACUGCUACCCAAAUCCAAAGAUACCGAGAAACCGAAUCGGACAAAUUGGUCAAUGCGCUAGAGCUGUGGAGAGGAAAGAAGUUCAUGGCUGCUGGCCAAAGUACAGUACUGAGCCAAUCCCUGGAAGAGCAAAUCAGUGAGAAAUACAGGACUGCCAGUUCUCCUCUGAGACCAUUAGAGGAGACGGGAACUCCGACAGUCAGUGAAGUCUGUAAACUAGUUCCUUCCUCCACCAAGAGUCAGCCCGCUGCAGACGUAAUAGACACGGAGAAAAGCACCAAGAAGCAGGUCGUACAGAAGAAGAAGUCCAACGAGCAGUCAGCUCAGGUGGAUGGCGGUGCUGCGGGACUCUCUCCCGGCCAGCAGCCCGAAACCAAAUCCACCUUUAAAAGGCUUUUCCUGCCCAAAAAGCAGGAUAAGAAGACUUUGGAGGUAAUGGAGGAAGGAGAAAACUUCACAUCUACCACACAUGUAGCAUUGGAUGCUGUAGUGGCGAAGAAGGUGGCAGAAGCUCCAUCUGGACAUCAAAAUCGCCCUCAAGCAGGGGAGAGAGAGCGCCAUGUAAAAGAACCAGGUAGUAAAGCAAAGAAGAACCGUAACAUUAAAAUUGGGAAAAUUACAACAGUAUCUGAGAAAUGGAGAGACUCUGUGUUCCGGAAAAUUACAAAUGCCAAUGAGCUGAAAUAUCUUGAUGAGUUUCUUUUGAAUAAGAUAAACGAUCUGUGCUCUCAGAAGACGCCCAUUGAAAUUUUAUUUAAUGAAGCCACAGAAAAAUUUAGGAGCAAUAUAAAAUCAAUGUACUCAGUCCCGAAUGGGAAAAUUCACGUUGGCUAUAAAGAUCUGAUGGAAAACUACCAGAUUGUGGUGGAUAACCUGGCUUUGGAGAAAGGAGAAAAGGAUACAAACUUGGUCCUGAAUAUUUUCCAGUCCCUCCUUGAUGAGUUCAGCAGAGGAUACAUAAAGAGAGAUGAUUCUGAACCACCAAAGCAAAGCAAGGCUCAGAAGAAAAAGAGAAAACAAGACCGCGCAAUUCAGGAACACAAUGGGCAUGUGUUCACAAGUUACCAGGUGAGCAUCCCACAGUCUUGCGAGCACUGCCUUUCUUUCAUCUGGCCCAUGGACAAAGCUCUCCUUUGCAAUGUUUGCAAGAUGGCCUGCCAUAAGAAAUGCGUUUCCAAAAUUCAGAGCUUUUGUUCAUCCUCUUGUGGAAAGAAGAGUGAGCCUGGUGCCGAGCUCCGACACUUUGGGGUAUGUGUGAGCUCCCUGACGAAUGACAAGGUUUCAGUCCCUGUGGUUCUAGAGAAGCUUCUUGAGCACGUGGAAAUGCACGGUUUAUACACGGAAGGGAUCUAUCGCAAGUCAGGGGCAGCCAACCGAAUGAGGGAACUCAAGCAGUCCCUCCAGUCAGAUCCCAAUUCGGUCAAGCUGGAGAAUUAUCCCAUUCAUGCCAUCACAGGGGUUUUGAAGCUGUGGCUGAGAGAGUUGCCAGAGCCCCUCAUGACAUUUGCUCAGUAUAAUGACUUUCUCAAAGCAGUGGAAUUGCCCGCGAAGCAGGAGCAGCUCACGGCUAUAUACACUGUACUCGACCAGCUUCCCGAAGCCAAUCACUUAAGCCUGGAGCGGCUUAUCUUUCACCUUGUCAAAGUGGCCGAAAUCGAAGAGGUGAAUAGGAUGUCUCCCAGUGCUUUGGCCAUUGUCUUUGCGCCGUGUCUCUUGCGCUGCCCUGAUAAUUCUGAUCCCUUGACCAGCAUGAAGGAUGUCCUAAAGACAACUACGUGUGUAGAGAUGAUAAUCAAGGAGCAGUUGAGAAAGUACAAAAUAAAAAUGGAAGAAAUUAACCAACUAGAAGCGGCAGAGACCAUUGCGUUCCGCAGACUGUCAUUUCUUAAGCAGAAUACACAGUGGCCUCUAAAACUGGGGUUUUCUUCUCCCUAUGAGGGGGUGCUGAGCAAAAGCCCGAAGAUCAAGGCAAAUGACAGCAGCUUAGCCAACCUAGGGAUUCUCCAGGAGGAGCAAUUAGAUGCAGAUGAUGAUCGGGAGAAAGAGAUUCUGAUUGAACAUAUUCAAUCAAUAAAGGAAGAAAAGGAAGACAUAGCCUAUCGACUACCUGAGCUAGAUCAGCGGGGCUCCGACGAAGAAAAUCCAGAUUCAGAGACAUCAGUCAGCACCGAGAGCCUUUUGGACGAACGAAGCGGGCGGGUGGACACGGAAGGGACUGCCUCACCUGGACUUCCCUGUCGUGGUAUCCCCACUAAGGAUAUCCCCGAAACAGCCAACAGAUCCCAUCCGUCGAUUCUUCCAAGCCGCCAUCCGGAUUCUUCUUCUGUGAAAAAAAGAGCAACUUCAAUGACGGUUAGAAUGAAGAUUCCCCGGAGGACUCCAAUAAUGCCUACAUCUAACAUCAAACUCCCUUAUGGCAUGCUGACCAAUGUCCAGAGAAGAACUUCGGCUGGUGAGGAGGCUGUGGUCCUCGUGAAACGAAGAGAUCAGCCUGCCCGGCGAACGGAUCCGAUCCAUUCCGUGUAUAUUGCAGCGGGGGCUGAAGCGGUCCCAGCUCAGGAGCCCUUGAACGAAUACGGCCUGACUGCAGAGACAAAGCGGAGGUAUUCGGACCCUCCCAUUUACUUACUCGGCCCGCAGUGAGCAAGUCAAGAUGGAUUGAGUUGGGAUCAGAUGGCCAGGCUUCAUUGUGAUUGCGAAUUGACUGAGUGUAAACCUUUGAAGAAUGCAAACUCCGGG